CCUCAAGUUAUCUAAGUAGUAGUGCUGCCUUCCAGUGCUCCUCGUUGGCUCGGAAACUUUAAUAAAAACACAAACUGAAGUCAAUACAAUGCGUUUUUGUCCGUGCCGAAACAAGUGCCGCCUUAAUUUUUUUUGUAAGUCAUAACCUAUAAAUUAUCCGUAGUAAAAUAAUUUUCAAGACUAUUUAACGCUUUAUUUUGCCAAUGAGUCACACGUUUUCCCGAGUGUACGGGAAGGAAGCUUAGCCGUUGAGGCACAGGCUCCACAUCAACGAGGGCUCACCGCCGAUGACGAGCUCUCAGUCAAACUAAGCUUUCACGGAUCGAAAACACAACUCAACAAAAUGAUCCCGGAGUUGUCCAACCCCUCGGUGUGCAUGAGGGACCCAGAGAGGGUGCAGGAGAUCCUAGAGUCCAUGAUGAAGGCUGGCUCCAACACCGUGCAGGUGAUCUCAGAUUUUGACAUGACCCUAACACGGUUUGCACACAAUGGCAAAAGGUGCCCUACGUGUCACAAUAUUCUUGACAACAGCAUGCUUAUCUCAGAGGACUGCAAAAAACAGCUGAAGGAUCUGCUCAACAAAUACUACCCCAUAGAGAUAGAUUCUUCACUGUCAAUAGAGGUGAAGUUGCCCCUCAUGGUGGAGUGGUGGACUAAAGCCCAUGAACUCCUUGUACAGCAGGAGAUCAAGAAGGACAAGUUGGCCAUUGUGGUGCGGGAGUCUGAUGCCAUGCUGAGGGACGGCUUCCAGCUCUUCUUUGAUCACCUGCAUGAGCACAGCAUCCCUCUGCUCAUCUUCUCUGCCGGAAUAGGAGACGUCCUGGAGGAGGUGAUUCGCCAGGCCGGGGUCUUCCACCCCAACGUCAAAGUCUUCUCCAACUACAUGGACUUCGAUGAAUGUGGAGUACUGAAAGCCUUCAAGGGAGUGCUGAUCCACAUCUACAAUAAAAGGGAAGGCGCUCUGCUCAACACCGGCCACUUCCAGGAGCUGCGGACACGGCCUAAUGUGGUGCUGAUGGGAGACUCUCUGGGAGAUCUGACCAUGGCUGACGGGGUGCAGGACAUGGAGAACAUCCUCAAGAUCGGGUUCCUCAAUGAUAAGGUGGAGGAGAGGAAGCAGUCAUACUUGGACUCGUAUGACAUUGUGCUGAUAAAAGAUGAAACCCUGGAAGUCCCUAACGCCGUACUGCUCUACCUCACUGGCAACAAAUGAACUGAGAACUGAGUGUUCAUUGUUGGCUGGCCUUUGGGGGCUCUCUGUUGCAAGACAUAGAAGCCCAUCUCCAGAUGUUAUCGACAAACCAACUAAGAAUGGUUUUAGUAUUUUUUACUUUGCUAAAGGUAACACACUUUUGUGAAUGAGUCUGGGAACGCACAGAUUGCUCUAUGAGUCCAGUUUUACCACAACUGACAACAGCAUGUCACCCUUUAUAUUCUUGUCCUUUGACUUUCCUCUCAUGUUUAUACCUAUACUUCUUUUCGAACAUACUAUUUAUAAAUAUUUGGUGGAAGCUAGAAUGGCACUGUCUACCCACUGUGCAGCAUGUUAAGAGUGUGUUAGGUGAUGGGGGCUGUUCUCUACUUGUUUGAAGGACGAUUGGUUGUCUUCUGGUUUUCAUAUAGGAAAUAAUAAGGGAAAGAAAAACAUGCACACAGUAACAGUGUUAAACAUCUGGCUUGAAACUGAUAUCCAGCCUCCUGCAAAAAAACUAUUUUCAGCUCAUUUUAACCUGAAACUUGAUGCUUUUUAAAUAUUCCAUGUUUAGUCUCAGCCACGUCUUGUAGGUUCUGGUUAUAUAGUCUAAUAUACAAUACAGGUUGUAAUUGUAAUUGUUUAACACUGAACGACACCACAGUGCUGGCACAUGGUUCACUAUGAUAUUAUUAUAGGGGAGCUGAAAUAUCCAGAUUUUAUAAUAUUUAAUGUCUGAACUCAACAAUUAUUUGUGAGAACUGCUACCUCCACAAAAGCAUUAAACAUUUUUAGUCGUUUUUGGCUGCACGUGAUUUCACCUUUAAACUGUAAAGAAAGGACACCUUUUUGCACUCCAACAAAAAGUUUUGUAAAACCUUUUUAACAUUCUAGAGUCGAGAACACAACAGUCAACAAAGACAGACUUUGUUUUUCUGUCAUUUGUGCCACAACUCUUCCGUUAUUUUGUCUAAACUCAUUUGUUUGAAAUAAAAUGUAAUUUCAUCUG